AUGUGUGAGCCGAGUGGCCCCCAACUCGCCCCCAGUUCCACCUCGAAUCUCCUCGUCUUUUGCGGUUCUUUUGUUUCACUGAUCUCUGUGUGCACGAACUCGAUUCUUCUCUAUUCACUGCGCACAAAUCAGAAAUGUUUUCGUUCCUACUUCUAUUUCCUCUACAUACUCGCUUUUCUCGACAUUCUCAUUUCUUUGCUCUACAUACCGGUGAUCGCGUUUGAUCAUUGGAAGGACGCUUUUGAGUCUCGUCUUUUAUCUGUCAUUUGGUGGUCGUGUUUUCGUUAUUUACUCACUCUCACGAAUGUUGGAAUGACGAUGGCCAGUUACAUUUUAUUGGGCGCUCUGGCCGAGCGUUACUUUAUCACGAUUCGUUCUCGUGUCGUUAAGCGACUCCAAGAGAAUCGUCACCUCUACUGUGCUCUGGCCGGGGUUUUUGCCUUGUUCACGAAAGGUCCAAUCUUUCUCGAAUUCACUCUCAUCGAGUACUCGGAGAAAAGCUGCACGGGUACUUAUAAAGAAUAUUUUGUCGACGUGACACCACUUGUGAGAACGCUCUGGUACGGCUCAAUUUAUCGUUUCUGGUUACGCAAUUUUCUCACCAUAUUCAUCCCGUUUUCCCUAUUGCUUUUCAUCAACAUUCGAACUGUACAAAUCUUGAAAUCUCAAAUCUAUCAAGCGAAACACAUGAUAAAGAGGAAAUUUUCAGUUUCAUUAGCCGGACGAAAGAAAGUUCGCGCCGCCACGAAAACUUUGCUACUCGUUUGCCUUACGUAUUUGCUUUCGAAUUUGCCAAAUGUGAUCAUCACAGCCUGGGAAUUUAUAGACAUUAAUGAUCUCCAGAAAAACCAUGUCGAUUUGUAUAUGUUUACCACGGAUCUGGUCUCACUUUUGGUGAUGCUAGCCUGCGCUUUGCGAUUACCAAUUUACCUGUUGAGCAAUGAAGAGCUGAGACUUGUCGUGAAGAAAUGUUUUGGCGGCUCGAGAGCCACAGGAGAACUCCUCAAAACGGCUUCUCAACUUUACACAGCAGCCUUACAUCAAAAC